UCGGUUAUCGCGUUGGAAUUUUUUCGUUUUUUCGCUUGUACGGUUCGCACUCGCUCUGUAUACACACCUCGUUAUGUAUAAAACGGCUGCCAAUAUGAUCACAUUAAUAUUAGUUAGGUGCAAUGUAUGGCGGUGGUGUGACACGAUGUAACCGGCCUCAGGUGGAGGGACGGACUGCAGUUCUGCUCGGAAGAGUAGGAGAAAAGACAAAGACCUUUUUUGUCACGGAGCGAAAUCACCACCACUGUACCACGAACAGUGUCGCACGUACCGGUCUCGAGAGCGGAUACGACUCCUCAUCCCGCGCACGCGCGUGAAAUCCACUGCGUAUUACAUUAUACCUAAUCGGUUUGAGAAACGACAUUAAUAGGUAACUAAUAUACAAACGGUCGACGGACAUGGAUAGUGCAAGAUCCGCACGCCACUCGUUGGCAGUGGCGACGAUAGUCGGGCUGAUCGCGCUGAGCUGUGCGGCCGCGGUGGGCGGCGGAACCGGACCGAGUCCAGGUAACACCGCCGCCUCCGGCGCGUCGUCGCUACUGACCAAAUUACCGCAACCGCAGUUACCGAAAUUUCCGGUGAUCUAUACGUACGGGAAACACCGGUCGCCGCGGCCACCUACGACGAAUCCUCCGACUUCUCCGGGCAACAAACAGCAACAGUCGCAGCGACCACCUCAGCAACAGCUAUCACAGCAACCAUCCAAGCCGCAGCCACAGCAACCAUCCAAGCCGCAGCCACAGCAAUCAUCUAAGCCACAGAAGCGGCCGCAAAAACCGACGGUGGACGAACGGCCGGGUGGACGAGAUCCGUACCAGUCGUCGGCAAACGCAUCCGUGACGACUUCGCCGAGACCGAAAUUGGAGACGACCACCCAAGACCGCGCCAUCAUCACGGUGCCUUUAAAAGCUUGCCCCGAUGGUCAACGGAUGGGCCCCGACCGGAACUGCAGACCGGACUUCCCCGACCCCGAGGGUGACCAAUCCAAAUAGUCGACCGACCGAACUACGCCACUAUUAAGUGAAUGCACUAUGCUUCGAUACUGCAAUUAUUUUUACUCGAUUUAUUUUACAGGCAUAUUAUUGUUUAUACCAUCCUUUACUAAGUGUAAUAUAUACGUCAUAAUCAUAUCAUAUAAAUGUAUUGAUAUUUUGUUUAUAUUCAGUGUAACCCACGCUUUUUCAGUUCAAAAACGUUUAAGCAUGACGAAUUAUAAAUGAACGAAAUAAAAAAUUUUAAUCACUAGAA